CGAGUGCACUUGGAAAGCCGAAUGCAACAUGAAGGGGCUGAUUUUCCUAGCUUUGUUUGGAGCGGCAUUCGCUGCCCCGUUGGAGGAUGAGAAGAUUGUUGGGGGGUACGAGUGCCCUGCUCACUCGGUGGCCUACCAGGUCUCUCUGAACGCCGGCUACCACUUCUGUGGGGGCUCCCUAAUAUCCAGCCAGUGGGUCGUGUCCGCUGCCCACUGCUACAAGUCUCGUAUCAGCGUCCGCCUUGGCGAGCACAACAUCAAGGUGAACGAGGGCACCGAGCAGUGGAUCGAUUCAGCCGUGGUCAUCAAGCACCCCCGCUACAACAGCCAGAACCUGGACAGUGACAUCAUGCUGAUCAAACUGAGCCGACCCGCCACCCUCAACAGCUACGUUCAGACAGUGGCCUUGGCCUCGCGCUGCGACGUGGCUGACGAGAGCUGCUUGGUGUCCGGAUGGGGAAACACUGUCACCAACGGCAACAGCCCUCCCGAUAGACUGCAGUGCCUCAGGCAGCCGAUGAUCGAUCGUAGGAUCUGCAAGAACGCCUACCCCCAUCUGUUUACAGACACCAUGAUCUGCUCCGGAUUCAUGCAUGGAGGAGCUAGCAGCUGCCAGGGUGACUCUGGCGGCCCCCUGGUGUGUAGCGGAGAGCUGCAGGGUAUCGUUUCCUGGGGUUACAAAUGCGCCAUGCCUGGACACCCCAGCGUGUACGCCCGCGUGUGCCAGUUCACCAGCUGGAUCCGAAGCACCAUGAGCAGCAACUAAACACACACCCACACACAGACACCCACACACUGACACCCACACACACCACCCCCACGUCGACACAAACACUCUUUCAGACGCAGACCACCAUUUAGUAUAGGCCUAAAAACAUCAUUACCAUUCUAGAUC